AUGGGAAAUAAUCAAGCUAUAGGAAAUAAUAAAAAAUUAAAAGAAGAUAGUUACAAAAAUAAAAAUAAUAUAGAUUCACGAAGAUUAUCAUCUCCUGGUAUACCAUUUAUAAAAUAUACUAAAAAAAAACAAUUUUUUAAAAAAAGAAUACCAGUUGUUGGUAAGAUAAAUCAAGCUAUUCCUCCAAAAAUUCAAAUUAAUGGCGAAGAAUCUUUGAUAAAUGAUGUAAUGGUAGAAAAAUAUAGUAUUAAAAUUACUCCAAAUGAUAAUAAUUCAAAGCCUAUUUUUAAACAUUCAGUUUCUGUAGACUCCCCUUACUAUUUGGAAAGAGAUAAUAUAAAAUAUAAUAAUAAUUCAUUAGAAAUAGACGAUGAAAUAAGUGAUGUAGAAAAAUAUAAAAAAGCAGCAUUAACUAGAAGAAUGAAAUUUUUAAAUUCAUCUGGUAGUUUAACUGUUAGAAGUUUAGAUUCUGGUUCUGGUAGUACUGAUAUUGAAUUUGAAAUGAAACCAUUUUCAAGAACACGAAGUUAUAGUCCAUUACGAUACAUUCGUUCUGCUAGUCAAAGAUCUCUUAUAGCAUCUGAUCCAUUUAUGGAUAUUGUAGAAAAGUCAAUUUUAAUAAAAUCAUGGAAAAUUCUUAAAAAUAAAGUUUCACAAUUAUGUACAAAUGAAACAUUUUUUCGAUUUUUUGGUAUAUGCGUUUUUGAAAGAUUAUUCAAAAAAAUGCCUGAAUUAUUAGAUAUUUUUAAUAUAAAUGAUGAAACAAAUAUUAAUACAUUACCAGAAGAUCAUAUUCUAACAAGACAUGCUAUUCUUUUGUCAAGUUUAAUUGAUUUAGCUAUUCGUAAUAUUGAUCAAUUAGAAACAGAGCUUAGUCCAGCUUUAUUAAUAUAUGGACAAAGACAUAUUCAAUUCCCAAAUUCAAAACAGUUUUUUUCUGAAUGUGUUGUAAGAUGUUUAUGUGCACAAGUUGUUUGCACUGUAGCAGAACUUUUAUUAGAUGAUUUAGAAGCAAAUACUGUUGAAGCGUGGGUUGAUAUACUUAGAUAUAUGGGACGUUCUCUUUUAGCAGGAUAUGAUAAUGAAAAAUAA